AUGCAUGAUGUAAAAUUUGCUGCAAUAUGUGAACCAAAGGCAGAUGUCUCACAAAUUGAGUACAUUAGACUUCGCCUUUCGUUUGACGCUAUAGAGAUUAACAUGUCAGGCGAUUUAUGGGUUUUUUAUAGUUUGCCAUUUACGUGCUCUGUGUUGGGUCGAUCUUCCCAACAUAUCUCUCUUCUAGUUUAUCACUCUUGGCUGCCAGGAAAUUUAGUUGUCUCAUUUGUUCAUGCGAGUUGCUCGAGGGAGGAGAGGCGGGCACUGUGGCAUGCUUUGUUGGCUGACAAACCAACUUCGGUACCUUGGUGCGUGUGUGGGGACUUUAACGUGAUUCUAGAGCCACAGGAGAAGAGAGGAGGGCGCCCAUUUGGCAACACUGAGGGACAAGAGCUAUUGUCAUUUAUGGAGGAGGCUGCGGUAUUUGACAUGGGAUUCCCAGGGUCAAGCUUCACAUGCUGUAACAAUCAAAGGGGCCGCGCAAGAAUUUGGAAGAGAUUGGAUAGGCUCUUGAUCAAUAAAGAAUGUGCGACGUUGCCAUUGUUCAUUUCGGAAGUGGGUGGACUUCCAUUGCGGAUCUUAUGUUCCAAGCUACUGGCGACCAGACGAGCGAUUCAAGAGUGGAACAAAAACUCUUUUGGGAAUGUCUUUAAUGCUGUUCGCGUAGCGGAGGAGAAUGUGCUCCGUGCGGAGUUCCGAGUUGAGCAUGAUGACUCGGAGGAGGCGCAGAUAGAGCUGAGCAGAGUUCAAACGGAGUUGAGGCAUGCACUAUUGAUUGAGGAGCAGUUUUAG